UCCGAUCGCAGCAGCUUCCGCGAAGACGGAGCCGCCCCCAUUAAAAUACCGAACUCGCCACGCCCCCGCAUCUCUCCACCCUCCCCCGCUCCUCCUCCUCGGGCUCCGCCGCCCCCGCCUCCGCCUCCCCGAAUCCCAGCCCUAGCGGCCGGCGAGCGCGGCGAUGGGCGCCGUCGCCUCCACGGUGGCGGCGCGCUUCGCCUUCUUCCCGCCCUCCCCGCCGUCGUACGGCGUCGAGCCCCCGCCCUCGCCGGCCGCGGCCGCCGCGGACGGCGCGGUGGUGGAGCUCAGCGGGGUGCCCCGGCGGGGCGGCGUGGAGGCGCGGCGGCUGCCGACCAAGCGCGGCUCGGAGGUGGUGGCCAUGUACGUGCGCCAGCCCGGGGCGCGCCUCACGCUGCUCUACUCCCACGGCAACGCGGCCGACCUGGGCCAGAUGUACGAGCUCUUCGUCGAGCUCAGCUCGCACCUCAACGUCAACCUCAUGGGUUAUGAUUAUUCUGGAUAUGGGCAAUCAUCUGGGAAGCCAAGUGAGCAGAACACUUAUGCAGACAUAGAGGCCGCUUAUAGGUGUCUCAUAGAAACUUAUGGGGCCUCCGAGGAAAACAUCAUUCUGUAUGGUCAAUCAGUUGGCAGUGGCCCUACUUUAGAUUUGGCAUCUCGUUUGCCUCAUUUGAGAGCAGUGGUUCUACAUAGCCCAAUUUCGUCUGGCUUGAGAGUAAUGUAUCCUGUGAAACAUACAUACUGGUUUGACAUAUAUAAGAACAUUGACAAAGUUGCAUUGGUCAAAUGCCCCGUGUUAGUAAUCCAUGGUACGGCUGAUGAUGUUGUUGACUGUUCUCAUGGGAGAGCACUGUGGGAACUAUCCAAAGUGAAGUAUGAGCCUUUGUGGGUCAAAGGUGGGAACCAUUGUAAUUUGGAACUCUAUCCCGAAUACAUUAAGCACCUAAAGAAGUUCAUCACAGCCAUAGAGAAGUCCCCACCACUGAAAGAUGAUUCUCCAGAAAGUUCAGGCCCUUCAGAUCUUGAAACAGGAUCUGAAAGUAUGGAGAGUUCAAGAAAAAGCACGGAUGUGAGGGACAAAUCAAGGUCAAGCACUGAUCACAGGCGGAGUACAGAUCGACGGGAGAAACCAAGGAGCAGCAUAGAUAGGAAGGAUAAAGGCAGAAAGAGUGUAGAUCAUCCUGACAAACCACGGGCUAGUGUGGAUCAAUCUGAUAAGCCACGGAAAAGCAUUGACCGCUUUGGAGGGAUGAUGAGGUCGGUUAAAUUGUGCAAUAUUGACUGCUUCAAAGUAACUUCCACUUCCGGGAGCUGAAAAUAGUGGAAGGUUAGUUUUGAUAGUAUCUGUAUUUAUUUCAUCUGUAUAAUCUAUUCAAUUGGGUGUUUUUAGUUUUGCUGUGGAAGGUGUAUUGAUUUGGGUGAGGGUUAUGCACACUGAAUUGUUUCGUGAGAAGAAAUGAUCAUUCAUUCCCGACCCCCUGAGUUUUCAAAGCCAUUCAUUUGGCACAUCAACAAUGCUACUCCCACGGAGUAUGAAGCAACACCAUUGUUACACUGUACAUAAGUUGUUGUAUCAUUACACUGUCUUAGUUUUUCUUUUUCAUAGAAACAUUUGAUAGAUAACUAAACUGGGAAUUUGUGUCUUCCCUCUGGAAAGAAGUUCUCUUCAAAUAUGGAUUUCUGUCACUUGAUUGCUUUGUCAUGGAGCUUGAACUUGAAAUGAAUCACUGGAUCAUUCAAUGUAAUCAUCAUCUUUGUUCAGUUCAA